UUGAUUAUUCUGGAAUUUGUAAACUGUGGAACAACCUUUUGUUGCAAUUAUUUCUUCUUGCAUCGCAUCACAGAUCAUUUGCAUUGGUUGGCAAAUUCUAUCAGCUUGUUAAACGAUUUUUUAAAAUAGAUUGUUUUAAUCAUAAAGUAUUGGAAGUAUGGGGCUUGUGAGGCAAAUGUUGGUGGUCGCUUUUUGUGCAUGGCUUUUAUUGCGUGUGAUUGUGCUCAAUAGAGGCUUUCGUAUUGCAGGAUUUGGUAUACCAGUUUUCAACCACAAUCCAGGAUCUUGCAAGAUAUUUCAUGUUAAUGGUUCAGAAGAUAUUGAUGUGCUACCAAAUGGGCUUGCUGUGAUUUCAUCGGGCUUGAUAUUUCGUCUUGGCAUUCGUCAAGUUGACCCAACAAUGGAGCAUUAUAAAGGAAUGCUUUAUGUAUUUGACCUCAAUAAUCCUGAAGCAAAACUGACACCAUUAUCAUAUGAAAAUUUCAAUGACUCUGCAUUCCAGCCUCAUGGAAUUGACUUCUACAUUGAUAAAAAAACUGAAGAAAUUAGCCUUUUUGUUGUGAACCAUGCUGAAGGAAAACAUAGCAUUGAGAUUUUUCAAUUUGAUCAGGAAAACAUGGUGCUUCGUCAUAAAAAAACAGUUGUUGAUGAAGAAAUCUAUACACCCAAUGAUGUUGUAGCUGUGGGGCCAGACAAAUUUUAUAUCACAAAUGAUCAUUAUUUUGUGAAAAGUAAAUUGCUGAGGUUGGUUGAAGUAUUUUAUCCUCUGAAGAUAGGAACUGUUGCAUUUUACAAUGGCACUAGUACGAAAAUUGUUGCAGGCAAAUUUCAGUUUGCAAACGGAAUAAACAUUGAUGAAAGUGGAAGAUAUGUUUUUGUUGCAAAUGGUCUUGCAGGUGAAGUAGUUGUUUUUGAACGUGAUAACGAUGACAAUUUAAUUGAGCGUCAGCAAAUCAAUGUGGGUGUUGGAUUAGACAAUGUAAAUGUUGACAAAAAUGGUGAUCUCUGGCUUGGGGUAGUGAAUUUUGGGUACUUUGAUUAUGCUGCAAACUUCAGCAAUCCGUGUCCAGGUGCUGUGCUGCAGGUGAAACUUAGCAAGCAGGAGAAUGACAGAGUUCCUUUCAAAGUCGAUGACAUACGUGAAGUGCUUUCAAAUAGCGGGGAUGGAGAAUUCAAAUGUGUUUCAGUUGCAUCAUUUUACAAUGGGAAACUGCUAGUUGGUAAUCCCUUUAGUAAUCUCAUGCAUUGCGAAGUUGUUUCAUUUUAGCCCUCAAAUUUCAAUUAUUUUCUAAAUCCAAUUCAUCUUACAUCUAUAGUAAUAAAGCAACGAUUAUUAGUAAAUGCUUAUUAAUUUGAUAUUUCCCAGUUCCCUCGAAACAGGGCUAGAGUGGGAGAACCGAUAGAUUGGCGUGACGUCACGCAGUGGAUGCGAGUCAGGCAGCAUCUGACCCCUAAAGCCGAAGGCUUAGUAUAUAUGACAUUGCUCUAUGUGGUGAUCCAUUGUGAGAUUAUUAAUCGUUUCCUGCGAUUACGCGUGGUCUCUUUAUACUAAAUUUAACUUUUUUCGUUUUCCAAUAACGUUCAAGCAUGUUUUAUAACCGUAA